ACAGUUAGCUUCAAACGAUGCGCUCUCACGGCCUCUCUUUCAUCGGCGCCCUGGUGGUGGCGGGUCUGCUGCCUCUGUCCGUCCUGGGGAACAAACCGCAAGCCCCCCUUGAGUCCCGUCCCGGGCCCAACCGCACCACGGAGUGUCCGUACUUCUUCAACCCCAAACCCAGCGCCUUGACUGGCAUCGGGAACGCCACCACGUUCGGGCCCCUGGUCGAUUCGGUGGACUACUCACUCACGUUCCAGAAGAUUCGGUGGGGCCGCAACACCUGGAUCCAAGGCCGCUUCUACAGCAAUGUCCAAGACCUGCCCAUCGAGGACGUGACCUUCUGCAACAUGCUGUACAACUACACGCCCGGAGGCCUCGAGUACAGCCCCCUGUACCAGGGUCGUGUCCGAUUCUCCCCGCGCGUGAAAGGCCCGCAGCCCCAGCCCGUGGUCUACCCUAACGUGAGCACGCCGUACACCACGGGCGAUGGCUUCGAGACGGUCUGCGUCACCGUCCCCUACGUCAAGGCCCGUGGCAGGCAAAAAGUCCGCUUUCUCUACUCGUCCAACAUCUGCUCGACUCAGGUCACGUUCAAGGGGUGGGUGGAGUUCAAGAACCCCUUCGCGUCCUUGUACCCCGCCACUGCCCCAGCUACCUGCGAGGCUGCCGAGGUCAACUCUGCGCCCAAUACCUUCAACAAAGUCCGCACAUACGGGUCCGACAACAGGAACAUCCCUGUUAGCUGCGGGACCUGUACACCGGGCCGCAAUUGCAAGGGGAACCGGGCGGCGCACACGAACAGGAAGGACAACAGAGCCGAGCGCAAGGCGGGCAAGGUCUAGGGCCCCGGCCUGGAGGGGGGGGCAAGGACACGAGACUGUACUCUAGCAUGUAUUUCCUCCGGUAGCGCCAAGGGUCUAGAACCGAGGAACGAAAGGGAGGUUUCUUUUGAGAGAUAAGUACUAAUAGGGCGAUUGAGUGAGGAGGCGACCAAGGGAGCCGUGGCGUCUCGGACCCGCUCAAGUCUAUGAUGGCGGUGUUUCCGCGCCGAAUAUGUUAUUAUGUUAUUAAAGCAACAAUCGAUCGGGAGAAAAGA